UGGCGUAUGGUUUGAUGUUCGACAUUGAGUCAGUAGACCGGCGGGAUAUGGGACGUGUUUGUUGUGUUGAUUAGCUUCGUCAACAGCGCUCAGGACGAGGACGCACGGGAUGGAGUUUAGAACAAUCUAUUUGUACAAGCUGAUGUGAUCUCUCAUCCAUCUGCGAACGCACGUGGUCUAAAGCAGCUCGAAUGUAAUUGGAAAAUAUGAUUGAAAUUUAAUUAACGCACACGUUGUACGUUGGAAAAGUGCUCGGUUUUCCCGGUUGAAAAUUCGCCAAACAUACGGUGAUGCGUGCACAACGGUUUUUUGGUGAAGCCUAGCAAGUGGUUCCGAAUAGUGUCACACGUUUCGGACCGCUCUUUAACCGGUCGCUGGAGGUCCUCGGAGGAAAGGUGAUGAAAAAGUCACCUACCCAAACACGGAGACACACACACGCUGCAGCACGGCAACGGUUUCAACGAAAUUCGGCUGAAAUGUGCGCUUCGGGAGGAUAUUGUGUCGUACGCUUUCGUUUCUGUCUACUGUCCUGUAUCGUUAUAAAUAUAAACACAAACUCAUAGAAGAAUCCGAGGGGAUUAGAAAAUCACACAACCAAGAGGGAGCAAGAUCCUCCAAUAACAGUUAUGCGUGUGUCACCGUUUUUCGGACCUAAGUGCAAUCGCAUUGUGCCCACCAGACGCCGUAUCGUGCCGAUGCAUGAAAAUGUGCAGUGAUUGCUGGUGUUCGUGCGCUACAGAGACCGAUUGCCGGGUGGCAAGUGCUGUAAAGUGAUCCCAUUGGAAGAAGUGAGAUUGAUAACGGCAUCAUUCAUUCCGUCGUGGCUAGAUCCAGACGCCCGAGGUCCUAGGUUGCCGUCGUCGCAGGAGCUGUCCGCCGUGGGAGUACGGUCCGAAAAGACAUUCGAAGCAGCCGGGAUCGUUGCGCGGUUUCCGCUCCUCAGGAAGUGGUAGCACAUCGAAGUCAAGCGACAGCAGCGCUCACUGCCGGGGCGUGUUGGUGGUAAACGGUCGGGACGAUCGGACGCGUGCGGGCAGUGUACGUGACGACCGUCGGCGGCACCGUCGGAUGCGUCCGGACGACGCCGGUGCCACGGUGCGACUAUGUACGGGCUGCUGCUGGAGAACCUGUCCGAAUACGUGAAGGCUGUCUACGGCGAGGACAAGUGGGAUGACAUCCGGCGCCAGACGGGCAUCUCGUCGCCCUCGUUCAGCGUCCACGAUGACUACGACGAGAAUCUGCUCAACGUUCUGGCGACGAAAGCGCAAGAAAUUCUUGGAAUAUCGGAGCGUGACUUUAUGGACCAGAUGGGGGUGUACUUCGUCAACUUCGUCAGCCAGUACGGGUACGAUCGGGUACUGUCCGUGCUGGGCCGUCACAUGCGCGACUUUCUGAAUGGGUUGGAUAAUUUGCACGAAUAUCUCAAGUUCUCCUAUCCGCUGAUGCGUGCGCCAAGCUUCAUCUGCGAGAACGAAACGCGCCACGGACUGACGCUACACUACCGGACCAAGCGCAAGGGCUUCGUUUACUACACAAUGGGACAAAUUAGGGAGGUGGCACGUCAUUUCUACCAUAAAGAUAUGCAAAUCGAGCUGGUCAAAUCGGAUCUGUUGGGCGAAACGAAUCACUACACGUUCCAGCUGACGUUCGACAACCGGGCCUUCUCGUUGGCCACGCUCGCGAUGACGCGGGAGGAGAAGCACCUGCCCAUUAGCGCCUCGGUACUGUUCGAGAUAUUCCCCUUCUGCAUCGUCUUCGGGUCCGAUAUGGUUGUCCGAAGUAUAGGCAACUCGCUGAUGGUCAUUCUGCCCGAUUUACUGUCGAAAAAGAUCACGGAUUGGUUCGAGCUGAGACGGCCACUGAUAGCAUUUAAAUUCCAAACGAUACUCAACCGCACGAAUAACAUAUUCGAGCUAGUGACAGUGCAGUCGGUUAAGAAGCGACCCGAAAACCAACGAAAAACGGAGCUCGUCCUGUCGGAGGAUGAAAACGAGGAGGAGGUCGAGAAGCGGUUGCGACUGAAGGGUCAGAUGAUCUACAUGGAGAACUGGUACAUGAUCAUGUUCCUCGGGACUCCGGUAAUGCCCAAGCUGACUUCCCUCAUCAGUACCGGCCUGUACAUCAACGAUCUGUCGAUGCAUGACUUUAGCCGUGAUCUCAUGUUAGCUGGAACGCAACAAUCAGUCGAGCUAAAGCUGGCCCUCGAUCAGGAACAGCAAAAGUCGAAAAAGCUGGAAGAGUCGAUGCGAAAGCUGGACGAGGAGAUGCGCCGUACGGAUGAGCUGCUGUAUCAGAUGAUCCCGAAGCAGGUCGCCGAUCGGUUACGGCGUGGUGAGAACCCGAUCGAUACCUGCGAGAUGUUCAACAGCGUCUCCAUACUGUUCUCGGACGUGGUCACGUUUACGGAGAUCUGCUCCCGCAUCACGCCGAUGGAGGUCGUGUCCAUGCUGAACGCAAUGUACUCCAUCUUCGACACGCUUACCGAGCGGAACAGUGUGUACAAGGUCGAAACGAUUGGAGAUGCGUACAUGGUGGUAUCGGGCGCUCCCGCCAAAGAGCAGAACCAUGCUGAAAAAGUCUGUGAUAUGGCCUUGGAUAUGAUCGAGGCAAUAACGGAUUUGAAGGAUCCCUCCACAGGAUCUCAUCUUCGUAUACGGGUGGGCGUACACUCUGGUGCGGUGGUAGCCGGUAUCGUGGGUUUGAAGAUGCCAAGAUACUGCCUAUUCGGAGACUCAGUCAACACCGCCUCCCGCAUGGAGUCGACGAGCCAGGCGAUGCGGAUACACAUAUCGGAGUCGACCAAGAAUCUGCUCUCGUCCAACUAUCGCGUUAGCGAACGGGGUGAGAUCGACGUCAAGGGUAAGGGCACGAUGAAGACGUACUGGUUGGACUAUCGCGAGAAUCGGCCCCCGCUACAGCUGCUGGACGAAGACAUCAAGAGUCCAUCGAUCGAGUACAUCGAAGCAAGCAAGGACCGGCGCGUCAGCAUUCCGUCGUACAAUUUCGUGCAACAGCCCCACAAGCAAUCGCUCGGCGGUCUUAGCUCGGCCGGACUGGAAGAUCGACGCGUAUACUCACCGGUAACGUUCGAAGAUGUGGCGCGGCGCAGCAUAGCCAACUCGCCGGUGAAGCUGCACGCGUUCGGACCACGGGGUCGAGAGAAUCGGUCCAACUCUACGGGCCAUGCGUUCAUGCACAGCGUGUCGGACGUGUUUGGUUCGCUGGUGAACGACACGGAAGAGUUCCUGGAGGAUCUGCAGCAUCGGAACUCGCUCAGCAACACACUGUACUCGGGGUCCACUCCAUCGCCGUGCCCGUUUAGCCCACCGGCCCAGUUUCGCACCAAAUCCAAGUCGUGUUACCAAGCGCAGUUUAUGGACAAGGACCAUGAAGUAUUAUCCGGAGCUAGCAACGCGUUACUGCAGGAAGCACCCAAAAAGCCUAAAGGCAUCCUGGCGAAAGCACAAACCGUCGAACACGCGUCCGUCGCCGCGUACGAACAGAAGGCGAAAGUACGCAAAGCGAAACUGGACGCGGUAAAACAUCAGCAAACCAAGGCACUGGAAAAGCUCGACCAGAUGGUGCAGGAGAUCUACGAUGCCGAUCUGCCCGGCAUGUGCUUCGUCAAUCCGCCCGGUUCGCGGUCCGACGGCAACAUCUGCCAGUCGAACAAUUGCACCCUCGGUAGCAGUAGGUCCGUAGUGGACGAACGCACUAGCGACACCGCUUCCUGUCACGCACUCUAUACACUCAACCUUUACUUUCCCGUUUCAUGUCCACCCGCGUGUGUCUGUGGCCCGGACGGCAGCCGAUCGCAAGCGGUCCCAUCGCAUUCCGGUGCGGUACCGGGCCCGUCAAGCGGUCCGGUACCGGUCUGCGAACAGCACGCCCAUCUGCCACCGCGACACUGUCACGGGUGCGAGCCCGGGGCAGGGCCCGGCCCCGGAAAGGUGCCACAGAGCAUGAGCUUUUCGCACCCGAAAGAGCACAAGUGCUGCCCGGCGGCGUACGCUACCCAUCACCAGAACGGUCGGCACAAAGUGCACUCGAACGCCUGUCACAUACUCUAGAGACUGAUCGAGACGCAAAGCAGCAGAUCGCGCCGGCUCGGUAGAUUCUCGACAGUGUCCCGUGGUCGUAGUUGUGCACCGUACACCUUUACCUAGAUUUUUUGUUUGUUUUUGCAGCACGCCAUCUGUAGUGUAAUGGUUUCUCGGCGGCCCUCGGCAACACUAGUCUAGCCAGGCACUGAGCGUCAGCUGCACUCGGCCGGGCUUCGACGAAAGCUUUAACCGAACGUCAAUAGGUGUUUGUGUGUCGUACGUGUAUUCGUUUUACGUUUUAUACCUGUGGUGUUUAGCAGCAGCAGAAGAGGCAGAGAACUCGUUAGUAGCCACCGAAGGUGUAUGAGAGCGUUGUGUACUUCAUGUUGUACUUAUAAAGUGUAAUCGGUAACUUAACCCAUCGGGCUUCAUUUGUACACGGUACGAAUUAGUGUAGCUUAAGCGAACGUUUGGUCUAGCGAAAUGGAGCGCGGGUGAUGCAGAUAUGGAGUGGAGUUUAUUUAUUAUCUACCUGUUUCCCUUUACGUUCCCAAUCCAAUGUCUAUAAGAACAUUGCGGGAACGACUUAUAUCAACACCGCGAGACAGUGCUCUAGUGUGCGUGUGUGUUUGAGCUACGGAUACUUAACACAAUCGUUGACUGUUAGAACACUCUCAAUCGUCCAGAUCGGCACGGCUACACACUCACCACUGUCUUGUGUUUUCGGUGAUCUAUUUCAUCACUAGCCUCUAGUCUAUUGCCACCAAAGUAGUACCGGUGUUGAGCAGGAACAUUGUUGUAGUAGAUUUACACAUUCAAAUUACCGCACACACACACACA